AUGAUCGGCGUUGAACACCGCAAAAGGGCAACUGCCACCGAAGUCUGCAAAGGAAGCACGCACAGUAAGGAGCUGAGCAUCAAACAAUGCCUGGUCCUCACCAUCAUGAAUCCCAUCACCAUGGGCCCCCUCACCAUGGACCUCCUCACCAUGGGCCCCCUCACCAUGGACCACCUCACCACGGACCACCUCACCAUGGACCACCUCACCAUGGACCACCUCACCAUGGACCACCUCACCAUGGACCACCUCACCAUGGACCACCUCACCAUGGACCACCUCACCAUGGACCACCUCACCAUGGACCACCUCACCAUGGCCCUCCUCAUUUUGGCCCCCCUCAUCAUCAUGGACCACAUCAUGGUCCUCCUCCUCCACGCCCCAGAGAAGGCUGCACUCUAAUUUGAUGCAGUUUCUACCACUACUGUUCAACAAAGACUGAUUGGAUGUAAAGAGAACUAAACAUGUUCUCUCUUUUAUAAUAAUAAUAUUAUGUAACUAGACUUAUUAUUUUCAAGUGCUGUAUACAGACCUUUAUCAUAGAUAUUUUACAAGAAGCACAGUAUUUUUUAUCUUACUUUUUUAACUAUUUUCUGUAUACUGCAUUUAUUUCUAAUUAUAACUCAUCACUAAAACAAAUUUACUGUUACACUUUCCAGAGAUUGUUGCGCCACUUACACUUGAAAAUGUGUUAUUGAACUUUGUUAAAGAAAGAGUCAUAAACUAUUCUUGUAAUUUCUUAAUGUCUACUUGGUCAAAGGACAUCCCACAGUAUCAGAGUUUGUGGCACAAAUGACUAAAACUAUUAAAAUAUCAAGCUGUUUAAGAAUCAACUAAUUCUGUAAACCAGUAUAUUUUGUAAAAUAUACUUACUUUCUACAUUUGAAAAAAGCUUCCAACACAUGGUUUACAACUCACAAAAACAUUAAUACAACUUCUGAGAUUUAUAAAACCCAGUUGUUGUAACUAUAAUCCACAACAUG